CUCACAGAAAAGAGGCCCUUUUUCUGAAGCAGGCCGGGACCCACGGACAACCUGGAACCAAUGGCACUCCUGCACCCCACCUCUGCUCCCCCGACCUCUCCCAGGGGCUCCACCAGGGGGAUAGGAGCAGGAGAACGGCAGGAUGCCCUGGAUCCUUCUGCUGGGACCUGAGGACAGCAGCUGCAGGCAGGCAGACAGGCAGGCAGGAGGCAAACCUGACAGUCACUCGAUUGUUUCUUUGGGGCAGAGAAAACAGAUCUCCAGCAUUGUUCCCUGCCAGCUGAAGAGAUGGGCAGCUCAGCCGGCCACACAGGAAGCAGGCCGAUUAGCCCAGAUGGGAUUCAGGCAGAGCCAGGAGGAACUCUUUCAGGGCCUAAGAUGGGCUUAAGCAGCCGCUCAGCUCAGCCUCAGGCACUCUGGGUGAAGCCAGCUUGAACCAGAGGAGCCUUUCCCGGCAGGGGAUCGGGUGGCCCCCUCGGUCACAUGUUAAGCUGGCCAUUUUCCUCGGGAGCUGGGAGUGACCCACUCGGGGGCGAAGUGUGUGGGACUCCUGGACCGGCCCCUGCAAAGAAAUUGGCCAGCUCUUCAGGACAGAAUUCCAGCUGAGACUCCCCAACGGGUUCCAGGGGGAAUCUUCAGAUUGUGAUGCCUUCAGGUGACACAUAAAGGCAUCACAAUUUCCUUUCUGAUGUCACAGAGCCCCGGCAGAGGCUGCACAAAUCCAGGGUGGCACAAGAGAGGCUGAGUUUUGCUGGCACUUGCUGCCUGUCUCUCUCGAGGCGCAGAAGAGGGUUUUUGAGAGCAAAGGGAGGCGCGAUCCGAAGGACUCAGGAUGAGGUUCAAGAGGAAAAAAGAUCUGAAGGAGCAAAUCCGUGAACUGCAGUCCAUCAUUCACAUCCAAGAACAAGGGAGGAAGCUCCGCACUCAGGGGAGCCAGGAGGCCCUGCGCAAGAACAGGGACCUGAUCAGCUUUCUGCGCACCACCCUGCGGGCAGAGAUGCAGGAGCUGAAUCUGGGGCUGAAGUAUGACCAGGUCACGAUCAGCAGGGCCUGCCUAGACAGGAAGCGGGUGAAAAUCGCUCUGGCCGAAUAUACUGUGGAGCAAGCCCGAGAGUCCCUGAGCCAGCGGGUCUUUGACCGGAUGAACACCCACAAUCUCCUCUUGUACGAAGUCAAGCGCCGGGGGAACCGCCUGGAGGAGCUCCAGGGGACGCUGCAGGUCCUCAUCGACUUGGAAAAGGCCAGCCCUGAGCUCCAGCUGCAGCUCCAGACCGUCCGUCAGCUGGAGAACAACAUUGAGAAGAUGCAGGUGAACAUUGUGACUGCAGACAAGGUCCACAUCCUGUAUGUGAAGAUGCUGGACGUGCUGAGAGCUGAACUUUCUCAGCUUCCUUUCGUCCUGGAGGACUUGGAGCGCCGGGUGGGCACCUACCAGAUGGAGCUGCAGGGGAUGGAUCUGAUGGCCAUGGAUAUGCUGGAAGCCAUGGAGGCUGCCAAGAUGGACAUGGCCAAUGCAGAAAACGAGUUAAUUGCAGAGAAGAAGUUCAGGGAGAACUCGCUCAGCAUCCAGAAGAAACAGAUAGAGCGGAUCCGUGUGAGGGACGCCAGUGAGAGGCACCGACGGAUGCAAGCCCGGCGAGACAUGGACUUCUCUGUCCUGAUGAUGCGCGAAGGAACAAAGGGGACAAAGCUAGAGACUUCCAAGGCCCAGAUUGAGUACCAGGGUCUGGUGAUCAGCGAGGUGGAGAAAAUCAAAAGUGCAGUGCAGUGCUCACAUCUCUGGGAUAUCGCUGGGCGCUUCAUGGCCCAGAAGAAAUCUGAGGAGAACCUUCAGCAGCAGAUCGCCAAAUCGGAGAAGAAGCGGCGAGGCCUCAAGUCCCAGCUGAAGGCUCUGGAGCUGCAGCGAGCCGAGCUGAAAUUCCACCAGUCCCCGGGCUUCCUCAGCUCAAAGACGCUAGAAGAGAAUCUGUGGAAGAACCUGGAGGAGGAGGAAGAACGGCUUUCGCUGGUCCGCGGCCAGGCCUCCAAAAACCAGGAACUUCUCCUCCACUUUGAGAAUGGGGUUGACAACCUGAUCCUGAGGCUGUGGGACAUCAGUGUGCCUGGCCAGGAGGGCUUCCCCAAGAUGGAGGAUAUCUUUGAGAAGCUGCAGUUUUGUGAAACGAAACUUCUGCAUUUGAGCCGAUUGAUGCUCGAUGUGCCCUUUGACAAAUUCAGCCCCAACGAGAGCGAUGAGUCGUUUGUCCACCUCCGGAAUUUCCUUGAGGAGAGUGCCAGGGACGAUCAGCAGAACCUGAGAAUCACUUUCGAUGAGGACGAAGAAGAUGUCCGAGAAGCCUUUAACUUUGCGGACAUCGACCACAGCUACGUGCCCAGUCGGGAAGAGAUCAAGAAGGAGGCCUUGAAGCUCAUCGAGGAAAAGACCAAGGUGAUGAAGAAAAAGCAAAGAGGGGCCAAAAAAUGAGACUUCCAAAGACUUGGCUACCCCCAUUUCUCAGAUGUGGGGAUUUGACUCUAUCUUGUUUUUUUAAAUCUCUAUUUAAAAUGAUAUUGGAGUUGCUUUAAACAUACAACACCCCCACUCCGCCCCCCCCCGAAUGUGCAAAAGAGGAAGUCUUCCCGUAUUUCACAAAUGGAGAAUAAAGAUGUCAACUUGCUCUGAA